GCGGAGUGUGACUCUUCACCUGCAACCGGUAUGUCGGUGUGGUUUCUGUGUGACACAUUGGGAUGGCUUGGCCACGCGUGCAUGGUUUAGGGUUUUAGGAUUUGCUAAACCGUUCUCCACAGCACUGCUGAAGGCAGAGAGAGCGGAGUGUGACUCUUCACCUGCAACCGAUCAUCUGGUGAAGAAGCUGGAGACGGCGGUAGGGGAUCUCAAGACCAUUGUGCAACGGGGCCAAGAUGCCGUGAAGUGCAGGACGGUGCACAAGUACUAUGUGCAGAUAGCCUACGACUAUGUCUGCAAUGAGGGCACAUACGAUCUAGAAAUCCUGCUGGCGUCUGUAGCGGCUAUGGCUGUGCUUGUGGCCAUCCCUUUGAUUACCAGUCGACGCAUAGCAGCACCAUUGCCUUACGAAGACAGAAUCGACUAUUCAUACUCUGAGGAUGACAUUCCCUACGAGGCCACGAGACUAUCGCAAAACCAGCACUCGCAACCAACGUACGGCGCCAGAUCGUAG